CCAUCCAAAAUUAUUGUGUCAAAAUGCUUUCCCACCAUCGAUUCCUCCACAGUCCACAUGUAUCCUCUUAAGUGUAGCAGUAGGUCCCACAUUACUCUUUCAACAAGGUGAGGAAGACACCUCUUUUUAUCUGGAUUUCUUCUUCUCUGAGGAAAGUAUUGCGUGAGUGUGCGUGUUCAGAAUUCAGAAUUCAGAAUUCAGAGAGCAACAGAGAGAGAUGAAGCAUUGGGGUCUGGUUUUCUUGGUUCUCCUGUUCAUCCAUCAACGGGGUACCCUUCUCAAAGUUGAAGCAGGGGACGGUUUCAUCAGAACCAGAGGAGUGAAUUUUCUUCUGAAUGGGAGUCCUUACUAUGCUAAUGGCUUCAACGCCUACUGGUUGAUGUUUGUAGCCUCCGAUCCAUCCCAGAGAAGCAAAGUCUCCACAGCCUUUCAGCAAGCUUCAGCGCAUGGCCUUACUGUUGCAAGAACCUGGGCUUUCAGUGAUGGUGGUUACAAACCUCUACAAUACUCUCCUGGCUACUACGAUGAGCAAAUGUUCAAAGGGAUGGAUUUUGUUAUCUCCGAGGCUAGAAGAUAUGGCAUUACGCUUAUAAUGAGCUUGGUGAACAACUAUGAAAACUUUGGAGGAAAGAAACAGUAUGUGGAGUGGGCUAGAAAUCAGGGUCAGUACUUGACAUCUGAGGAUGAUUUCUUUAGGAACCCUGUAGUCAAAGGGUACUACAAGAAUCAUGUUAAGACUGUUCUUACAAGAUUUAACAGCAUUACUGGAAUUGCUUACAAGGAUGACCCCACAAUCAUGGCCUGGGAGCUUAUGAAUGAACCUAGAUGCACAUCAGAUUUGUCAGGAAGAACCGUUCAGGCUUGGAUCACAGAGAUGGCUUCUUUUGUGAAAUCAAUUGAUAGAAAUCAUUUAUUAGAAGCUGGUCUGGAAGGAUUUUAUGGGGAAACGUCGCCUCAGAAGAAGCAAUACAAUCCUGGUUUUCAACAAGGAACAGACUUCAUUUCAAAUAAUCAGAUUGCCGGCAUUGAUUUUGCGACAGUUCACUCAUAUCCUGAUCAAUGGUUAUCCAGCUCAAGUGAUCAAGAUCAACUUUUCUUUUUGAACAACUGGCUUACGUCCCACAUCCAAGAUGCCCAAAAUGUUCUUCGAAAGCCAUUACUCCUAGCUGAGUUUGGAAAAUCGGCGAAAGAUCCUGGUUUUAAUACCUACCAGAGAGACCAGAUGUUCAAUUCAGUUUACUACAGGAUCUAUUCAUCAGCUAGAAGUGGAGGUGCAACAGCAGGUGGCCUCUUCUGGCAUCUUCUUACAGAAGGAAUGGACUCUUUCCGAGAUGGGUAUGAGAUAGUUUUGAGCGAGAGCCCCUCAACAGCUAGUCUGAUUGCUGAACAGUCGCACAAGCUUUAUCGAAUGCGGAAAAUGCAUGCCAGAAUGAGGGACGUUGAGAAGUGGAAGAGGGCGAAAGCCAUUAGAAGGGCUCAGUGGUUGGCUAGAAAUAGUGGGCAUAAUACAGGAAAUUGAGGACAUUCCCACCAAAAACUGGAGAAGGUAGUAAGAAAUGUGUGCACAGUAGUUUGAUACAUGUUAUUAUAAGUGAGGUGCCGGAAUCGGUUCUCUUAGAGAUGAGUACUGAUUAUCCAGGAGAAGCUGAUUCCAUAUAGUUGGGAUAAGGCUGAGUUGAGUUGAGUUUACCCAGGAGAGCACUGAUAACUUUAGUAGUUUUACUUGAUGAUAUGAACUGUUAACUUUAUGAUACCAGGAACUCAGUUACCAAGAAAAAAAUAGAGGCAAACAGCAAACCUCUAUUUAGUUGAUUCCA